AGACGGAGCCCGGAGGACCUGAGAAAGUGAACGAAAUGGCUAAUGUUUACGAGUCACCGAAAUCUCGCAUAAACUCCGGCAUGCUGCAUCAAUAUAUAAGCAAGCCAGUUUGUUUUAUCGGAUGCGUGGAAACGGUGCAUCCGAGUGGCAAGUCGUUUGUUCUGAUAGACGGGGAGGGCAAGAAGGCUACAGUGGAACUUAACGACCCGCUUGAUGAAGAAUUAAGUGGAGUUGUUGAGGUCAUCGGGAUGGUGUCCAACAAAGCCACCAUCUUGGCCACUGCGUACCAGUUACUGCGAGAUGACAAGGGGACGGCAUUUGACCUGGAACUGUACAAUGAAGCACUUAAGAUUGUCCACGAUUUCCCCGAGUACUACCCGUUUCAGAGCUCUGCGGGUGGAUUUUAAUGUUGGUUGGCCGGCCAGCCAGACUAGUCCAUCACUGUCACUGGAAUGUUUUGGUGACUUACUACUCCUGUAGCUGUAUGGCUUCUUUUUUCUGCUUCAGAACUGCCGUAUGCUUGAUUCAUAUCUGUCUGUAAUGUUACAUUGUUUUAUAUGUAUAUAAAUAUUUGGAAAUAACUGGUUUGUAUCAAAACUAGCAAUGGUUUCAUAAAUUGACUUGAUUUUUGACACGUGGAUUGUUUUAUGAUACAGCAGUUGUACUACAGCCUAGGUUUCAGACGCCCAACCUGUGAACCAAACCCCAACCAUAUAAUCUGCUUGGAAAAUACAAGGCAUCAAGAAA